CAGAGCUAGAACGCCAAUUACAAACCACAGGCUUCCUGCUCUAGGAGCUGAUCCAGAAUUGUCUUUCUGGAAGGGAAGCACUCGAAUCCUUUCGAACUUUCCAAGUCCAUCCAUGAUUCAGAGAUACUGCCUUCUCCCUCUGGGAUUUUCUGUGCUUGUGGUACUGAAUUGUUGCUGAUGUAUUGCUACAUUGCUUCUUUUCACUUUCAAGAUUUGACCGUUUAAUAUGCCGUUCGAAGAGAAAAAGAAUUUUCGUUAGAAUUGAGAAAUGAUUUUGGAUCUUCUGUAAAUGUUUUUAGAGUCCUUGGGGACAGUAGCUCUCAUCCUGGAAUAAGUUUUCUUGACCUGCAUGGAUUACUUUUUCAGGCUAUGGAAUUUCUCGGCACUUACCUGUAGUGUGGGACACUUGGUUUGGUUUCAGAGUCUGAAGGUGGAAGAAUGAGCUGUAUUUGGUUAAGCAGUUCUAACCCUUUCUGAGCAGGAUCUAUAAAAGCAGGAGUGAAUGUGUUUCACCCCCGUGGAUUCCAGUGGGCCCGACAGCGCAACAGGUCCGUGUCUUCAUUUUCUGAGCUGGAGUUAUUCCUUCUCGUCUUCGAUGCAUGGCCUUAGCUGUUUACUUUGCCUUGUUUUGGUCAUCAACACUGGGUUUAGUCCCUCGGCAACUUGAUGCAUAUGGAACCAACACCAAGUGAUUUGACAUAAGAAGAAUUCACAAUGUGACAUUCAAUCUCAAGUGAAGCUGGAAAUCCCAAAGAGAAGUGGUGUUAUUGCUAGUCAGAGUGAAGAUGGGAGAAAAGGACAUCCCUGCAGCAGAAGUGGGCUAAGUACACCCUCUUUUUCUGCCCGAACAGGAAUGCCACCUGUUCUUGGGAAUAAGCUUUAGAGAAAAGAAGGGCCAAAAUUAUGACUUGGCUUUCUGAAACUGAAGCAUGAAUUCUCUGUUCUUCCGUUUAUCUGGAUCUGAGACCUGCGUUUGGUGUUAGCUAGUGGAAGCAGUAUGUAUGGCCCAAGUGCAUUGCUGCAGCUGGCAGCAUGAGUGGUGGCCACCAGCUGCAGCUGGCUGCCCUCUGGCCCUGGCUGCUGAUGGCUACCCUGCAGGCAGGCUUUGGACGCACAGGACUCGUAUUGGCAGCGGCGGUGGAGUCGGAAAGAUCAGUAGAGCAGAAAGCUAUUAUCAGAGUGAUUCCGUUGAAAAUGGACCCCACAGGAAAACUGAAUCUCACUUUGGAAGGUGUAUUUGCUGGUGUUGCUGAAAUAACCCCAGCAGAAGGAAAAUUAAUGCAGUCGCAUCCCCUGUACCUGUGCAAUGCCAGUGAUGACGACAACCUGGAGCCUGGAUUCAUCAGCAUUGUCAAGCUCGAGAGUCCCCGACGAGCCCCUCGCCCCUGCCUGUCACUGGCCAGCAAGGCGCGCAUGGCUGGUGAGCGAGGAGCCAGUGCCGUCCUCUUUGAUAUCACUGAGGACCGAGCUGCUGCUGAGCAGCUGCAGCAGCCCCUGGGGCUCACUUGGCCAGUGGUACUAAUCUGGGGUAAUGAUGCUGAGAAGCUGAUGGAGUUUGUGUACAAGAACCGAAAGGCCCAUGUGAGGAUCGAGCUGAAGGAGCCCCCAGCCUGGCCAGACUAUGACGUAUGGAUCCUCCUGACAGUGGUGGGCACCAUCUUUGUGAUCAUCCUGGCUUCAGUGCUUCGUAUCCGGUGCCGACCCCGCCACAACAGGCCUGACCCCCUUCAGCAGCGAACAGCCUGGGCCAUCAGCCAGCUGGCCACCAGGAGGUACCAAGACAGCUGCAGGAGAACUCGGGCUGAGCGGCCAGACUCAGGUAGCAGCUGCAGCUCCGCCCCUGUGUGUGCCAUCUGCCUGGAGGAAUUCUCCGAGGGGCAGGAGCUACGGGUCAUUUCCUGCCUCCACGAAUUCCACCGGACCUGCGUGGACCCUUGGCUACAUCAGCACCGGACUUGUCCACUCUGCAUGUUCAACAUCGUGGAAGGAGAUUCAUUUUCUCACUCCCUGGGACCCUCUAGAUCUUACCAAGAACCAGGCAGGAGACUUCACCUCAUUCGCCAGCAUCCUGGCCAUGCCCACUACCACCUCCCUGCUGCCUACCUGUUGGGCCCUUCUCGGAAUCUAGGAGCUCGGCCCCCACGACCCAGACCCUUCUUCCCAUCCCAAGAAGCCAUCAUGGGCCCGCGACACCAAUGCCUCCCCAGAGCCGGAGCUGCACAUCUCCGGGCUUCAGGCGAGCAGCAGCACCUGCCAGUGGCCCAGCACCCCUAUGCACAGGGCUGGGGUAUGAGCCAUCUCCGAUGUACCUCUCAGCACCCCACAGCUUGUCCAGUGCGCCGAGCCAGGCCACAUGACAGCAGUGGGUCUGGAGAAAGCUACUGUACAGAACGCAGUGGCUACUUGGCCGAUGGUCCAGCCAGCGAUUCCAGCUCUGGGCCCUGCCACGGUUCUUCCAGCGACUCAGUGGUCAACUGCACAGAUGUUAGCCUGCAGGGCAUCCACGGCAGCAGUUCUACCUUCCGCAGUUCCCUGAGUAGUGACUUUGACCCCUUAGUGUACUGUAGCCCCGAAGGGGAUCUUCACCAGGAAGGGACACAACCUCGUGUGAACUGUCGACCCCGUUCCUUGGACUCAGUGGUGCCCAUAGGGGAAACCCAGGUUUCUAGCCAUGUCCACUACCACCGUCACCGGCACCACCACUAUAAAAAGCGGUUCCAGUGGCAUGGCAGGAAGCCUGGCUCAGAACCUGGUGUCUCCCAGUCCAGGCCUGCUGCUUCUCGGACACAGCUUCAGCCGGAACCACCUUUUCCCAUUCAGCAAACCACCAAAUCUAACCCAGUAGCCUCUUCAGGCCAGUUUCCCAACACACAACGGUCCAGGGCCCUCAUAGAGCCAGCCCUUGGCCAAGCUGAAGCUGCCAGUCCAAGCCCCAGUCCCAGCAGUCACUUGCAGAAAUCCAACCUCCCCACCCGACACACACAGAGAAAACGGCGGGCUGGUCCCUCAGAGCCCAUGCCAGCCUCUCGGCCCCAGGACUUGACUGUGCGCCCAGCUUGCCGGAUAUUCCCCCAUCACAACCCCAGCCUGGCAUACCCCUGGCCUCCAGAGGCCCACCCAUUGAUCUUCAGACCGCCAGGCCUGGAGAGGAGGCUGCUACCAGAAGCCCCAGGCCCUUGUUACUCAAGUUCACAGCCAGUAUGGCUGUGUCUGACUCCACGCCAGCCUCUGGGACCACAUCCACCUGGGGAGGGGCCUUCUGAGUGGAGUUCUGACACCUCUGCGGGCAGGCCAUGCCCUUACCCACACUGCCAGGUGCUGCCAGCCCAGCCUGGCUCAGAGGAGGAGCUUGAGCAGCUGUGCGAGCAGGCUGUGUGAGGUGGUCCGACCUACCUCUGACAAGCUGACAAGCGUGUGCUGCGGAUGACUCAGGGUCCUGCCAGACACAGCUCUGCUCCUGGAGAAGAAAGGACCCCAGCAAACACCUUGCUUGUUGCCGCUCUUUGUGCAAGAGGGGUGGCGAUGGUGGGUGGCAGAAGUGCUGUUGCCCAUCCUGGCUCCAGACUGUGUCUGCAGAACACGCUCCUGCAGCGAGUCUGUGUCGUGCCAGGCAUCAUCUGUGAGCUGCAGCCCUGAAGGCUCCUUGAGGGCAGGAAGCUAGGUGUGUGUGGGUAGAUGUUACAAAGGUGCUGCUCCUUCCCGCUGCCCUACCAGGUCUCUUCACCCCAGACCUCGUGAUUGUACCAGCUUGCGGGUUCAGCUGCAUGAAGGAUCCCUCUUACCUCCUUCCUCUGGUGAGCUCAGCACACCAGCUCUGGCUCCUUCCUGGUAAGGCUGCAUCAGGGACUACCCUGGCUCGAUAGUACCAUUUUCCUUCUUUACAAAGGAACCAAGAGGCUAGGUGAGCCUGGACCCCAGUGAGGGAGGACUCUGCAGGCAGCGCCUGCCCUGGUGCACACAGGAGGAUGUCGCCCCCUUCUUGUCCUUUAUUGGCAGAUCCACAAGCUAAAGCCAGAGUCAGACAGGAGGCUCUGGGAAGCCAGGGCAUAGAGUUUUGUCCUUGAGGUGGAAGCAGCACCCCGAUGAAGCUGGGGUGAUAGCUUUGAUCUUCAGUCUCCCUUGUUACUCCUGUCACCUCAGUUCUUCUGGGGAUGACAAGCAAAGGUAGUGGGGAGGGAAAAACUUCCACGGGGAUCUCCUGUGUCCAAGUCCAAAGUGGGUGAAAGCUGAGAAAUUCUUCUGGACUUCAUUAGGGAAGAGAGAGGAUAGAAUGAAAGCAGAAGAGGCCAAAUUACAGCUGAGCAAGGACAACAAAGUUCUUCUCUGAGAGAAGAUUUGUCUCGGAGCAGGGAUGGGAGCUGGGGAGAAAAAGGAAAGGUGCAACUAUCCGGGUUUUGCCCAGCUCCCCAGUAGAAGCCAUGCAGGGGCCCUGCUGGCAGGUGUGCACACAGUAGAACUGGAGUGGAAGUUGGCCUGGGCAGCUUUAUGGACUUAGGGACCUCCUUAGGGUGACAUUCAUCCCAGGGCACCCUGAUUAUUCCAAGCCCUUCAGGCGUUAUUCUUUGCCUGGAAUGUGAAUGUUGGGGCGAAGUGGGCAUAAGAUCCUAUUAGGGAAUCUUUUUCCCUGAAAGUCGGUUGGGAGACUAGAACCCAGACACCCCCAUGGGUAUUUGUAUCUGGACCAGACAGGAGGCUUGAAUCAGGCACCAUGUUGAAAAAUGUAUUUAUUUGCUAAUAUAUUUAUCCAUAAAUGUGGUCUGGUCUUGUGGUUUUGUUUUUGUCAUGGCUGUCACUCAGGGUAACA